GUGAGCGGCCUCGGCUCCCUACCUCAGGGCACCAUGGAGGUGAAUGCGGGAGGUGUGAUUGCCUAUAUCAGUUCUUCCAGUUCAGCCUCUAGCCCUGCCUCUUGUCAUAGUGAUGGUUCUGAGAACAGUUUCCAGUCUUCCUCUUCAGUUCCGUCUUCUCCAACUAGCUCUAAUUCAGAGAAUAAUGGUAAUCUCAAAAAUGGUGAGCUGUCCAACAUUGAAGGUAUCUUGAAGAAUGAUCGGAUAGAUUGCUCUUUGAAAACAAGCAAACCGAGUGCACCUGGGAUGACAAAGAAUCAUAGUGGAGUGACGAAAUUUAGUGGCAUGGUUCUACUAUGUAAAGUCUGUGGGGAUGUGGCAUCAGGAUUCCACUAUGGAGUUCAUGCUUGUGAAGGCUGUAAGGGUUUCUUUCGAAGAAGCAUUCAGCAAAACAUCCAGUACAAGAAGUGCCUGAAGAACGAAAACUGCUCUAUAAUGAGAAUGAAUAGGAACAGAUGUCAGCAGUGUCGCUUCAAAAAAUGUUUGUCUGUUGGAAUGUCAAGAGAUGCUGUUCGUUUUGGUCGUAUUCCUAAGCGUGAAAAACAGAGGAUGCUAAUUGAAAUGCAAAGUGCAAUGAAGACCAUGAUGAACAGCCAGUUCAGUGGUCAUUUGCAGAAUGACACGUUAAUAGAACAUCACGAACAGACUGCUUUGCCAGCCCAGGAGCCACUGAGACCUAAGCCCCAGCUGGAUUCAGAGAGCAUCAAAAGUUCUUCUCCUCCUGCUUCUGAUUUUGCAAAGGAAGAAGUGAUUGGCAUGGUGACUAGAGCGCACAAGGAUACUUUUAUGUAUAACCAAGAGCAGCGAGAAAAUGCAUCAGAUACCAUGCAGCAUCAGAGAGAACGGAUUCCCAAGAACUUGGAGCAGUAUCAUUUAAAUCAUGACCAUUGUAGCAGUGGGCUUAGCCAUUAUUCCUGUAGUGAGAGCCAACAGCAUCUCAAUGGACAAUAUAAAGGAAGAAACAUGACGCAGUACCCAAGUGGGCAAGCCAUUUGCAUUGCAAAUGGACAUUGUAUGAACUUCACAAAUGCUUAUACUCAAAGAGUAUGUGAUAGAAUUUCGAUAGAUGGAUUUUCUCAGAAUGAGAACAAGGAUAGUUACCUCUGCAACACUGGAGGGAGAAUGCAUCUGGUCUGUCCAAUGAGCAAGUCUCCAUAUGUAGACCCUCAUAAAUCGGGACAUGAAAUCUGGGAAGAAUUUUCAAUGAGUUUCACGCCAGCAGUGAAAGAAGUGGUAGAAUUUGCAAAGCGUAUUCCUGGGUUCAGAGAUCUCUCUCAGCACGAUCAGGUCAACCUUUUAAAGGCUGGGACUUUUGAGGUUUUAAUGGUACGGUUUGCAUCUUUAUUUGAUGCAAAAGAACGUACUGUCACCUUUUUAAGUGGAAAGAAGUACAGCGUGGAUGAUUUGCACUCAAUGGGAGCAGGGGAUCUGCUAAACUCUAUGUUUGAAUUUAGUGAGAAGCUUAAUGCUCUCCAACUUAGUGAUGAAGAAAUGAGUUUGUUUACAGCAGUUGUCCUGGUGUCUGCAGAUCGUUCUGGAAUAGAAAAUGUCAACUCUGUGGAGACUUUGCAAGAAACCCUCAUCCGUGCACUAAGGACCUUAAUAAUGAAAAACCAUCCAAAUGAGGCCUCAAUUUUUACAAAACUACUUCUAAAGUUGCCAGAUCUUCGAUCUCUCAAUAACAUGCACUCUGAGGAGCUCUUGGCCUUUAAAGUUCACCCCUAAGGUCUUUUGUUUGUUUAGACGUGAACUGACUCAUGCUAACUGUACAUUUUGUGCUAAGUGCUUAUUUAUAUGUGUAUACCAUAUGUGGAGAUAGAAAAGACCUUUAAGACCAUACAAGAUCGUAGACUCUGUAAUAACCAUGCAAUAGUGUUUGCAUUGAGAUCUCUUCAGCCAUGAUUAGAUACUGACUGCAUUUCCCUGAUAGACCAACCAGCUGUGUCUCACUUAAACUGGAGAAGUUACACUGAAUUAUAAUCAUACUGAAUGUCAAACUUUCACCUGCCAAAACCAAAAACUAUUUUUGAUCUCCCUAUGGUAUAAAUAAAAUGCACAAUCACAAGUAGUUGAGAUUUAAAAAUUAAUAUUUUGUGGUAGAAGUUCUAUUGUCUGAUGGAAAUUUUGAUUUUAUUAGACUAUUCAGAUUAGGUAAUAUAGAAUUCAUGGUUAGAAAGUGUCCACAUCUAUAAUUUACUCUGCCACUGUUGAAGUGUAUAAUUCUGGGCAGGUUGUCUGUGGAAACAAGAAUGGGUAGUUUUCCCAAUGCCCCGCCUCACAGAGAUGCUGAAAAAAUGUCUUUAAAGCAUAUUUACCUCUUGGGAGAUAGGCACUAUGUAAAUAAGACAAAUUUUUGGUCAUAAUUAUUCCUAGUAUUAUUUUCUUAAGCAUUCUGAGAAAUCAUUUCACAGUUCACAUCACUCUUAUUUGUUCAGGGUUCCUGCAUAUGUGUGGGAUAUUCUGCUGGAACACAUAUUCAAAAGUUUAUGGGUACAUUAAAUGCAUAGUAUGUAUACAUAGUCUGUAUGUGAAUAUAGUUAUAUACAUAAAUAUAUUUCUUCACAAUAUUUUAAACUGUGAAGAACUUUAUCCUACUAUAAAAUUAAAACAAGAGGUGUCAGAGACCCAAUUAGGUGCGUUUUACCUGUUAAUGACAACCAUUGGUCUAAAUGCUUAGACCGUAAAAUUAUGAAUUUAUGCUCUAUUUUUGUUUACUUAAAACCUAAUGUAAAAGUACAACAAGCAGCCAAGUCCAAAUUUCAAAAUACAUGUAUUUUAGAGUUUAUUUUUGGUAAAAUCUUGGUUUCAAGGUACUAGUUAUUUAAAAGUCUAUUCAUACUCAUUCUGUGUGCUAACGUUAUAUUAUUUGCUCUUUAUACACAUGCUGCAGUUUGAUUAUAGAAAUAUCGGAUUAUUUUGGGGGAGAACCAGUGUUUAAGAAAAUUAAUAUGUUGGGGGGUGUUUUUAUGAGAGUGUUCUAUGUCCACUUUUUCCCCCUCAAUAACUCUAUUGGGAUAUUUUCAAAUUAGAUUUAAAUCAACUUGAAAAAAUUAUUUUGUAUGUGACCUACAGACUUAGAAAUGGUAGUCAAAGAUGUUUCACAUUUCUGAUAUUGGACUUGAUUAGAUAAAAAUAAUAUGUUUAUGGCAGUAGUAGAAAUUUAGCCUAAGUUGAGGCUUUUAUGUAUGUUUAUCAAAUUGCCUGGAAAAUAGCAAUUAAUUGGACUUUGGGGUAAAAAUUGCCUUCUAUAUAAUUUUUUUGAUUAUGUAAAAUUACAAAAAUGAAAAGAACCCGCAUUGCUAUAAUCAGCCUGUUAUUUAAACGACAUGUGAAUAGAAUGCCUUAUUUUGUAAUCUUGUUUAACUUUGCUACUGGACUUAAGUUUCUGUGGCACUAGUUAAAUAAGUUAAGCCCUCUCAUUAUUAAAGAGGAAAGGUGAUGGUGAUGUCUGUAAAACAAUAUAAACCAUAAUUGUGGUUUACCUUACAUAGGUAUGACUUAUGGGAUAUACAGAAUAGUUUUUGUGAAAUCUUUACAUGAUAGCAUUAUCUUUUUAUAAUUUUUUUUCUAAGAUAAAUGCAUAGUUUUCUUCUAUGGGGGGGUAGGAACAGCUUUUCGAAGUAAUACUAAAAACCUCAGAGAUCAUGUUGAUUCUUAAUUUUUGCCUUUUCCAUAAGCCUCUUUAUAACACGUAUCUUUAAAACUGUUACUAAGUCCUUAGGAAUGUGUAACCAGAACUGUUAGUAUUGCUUAUAAAACUUUAGUUAGGUUCAGUAUAUACAUGUAUACAUCAAUAUAUAGGUAUAUAGACAUGUAUUUUAUCUUGUAAAAUUUUGUUUUGAACAGAUUCUUCCUGUAGGUAAUGGGAAACAAAAUUAUAGUUGAUAUAUCACUCAUAGCAUUUCUAGAUUUGAAAAUAGCCCAAUUUUGAGAUGUCUAAUUACAAAGGUAAACCAGCAGGCUAUUAUAAGCUCAUUCUUUGAUCGAGUCAUUGGUUAUAAACUUGAUUUAUGCAGAGAAGACAGUCAGUUUAAGAAACUUCUAAGUUGGUGGGACACUGUUGAUUACUAAUGUACUGUAUGAAUGAUGUGAUGCUUUAACUCUGAUUUUACAUUUUAAAGUUAAAAUAUGGGCAUUAUGUCAGCAAACUUAAGGGCAUUAUGUCAGCAAGCUAAAACAUUUUUUCUGUGCUUUUAAUGUAUCUCUACAUGAUCUGAGAAAGGAUUCAAGCUUUAGCUGAGGAAAGGAAAAACCUUGGAAUGACCUUUUCCAUAUGGUAGCGAUAGUUUAAAUACAGACUUAAAAAUUAGAAGGAAAUUUAAGUGGCUCACUUGUAUACCAUAGCUUUCAUAUCUACAUUUCAAGAAAUUACCAUUGUAACUUGAUAAGGUAUGGUUUAUUUUAUGUAAACAUCAUUGCAAAGCAAGGCGUAGCUCAGCUAGAUUUAUUACUGUGCACGAAAGUAAGUACCUAUCUCAAUCCUUUUCUUUUCAAUAUAAAGUUUGCUGAAUGUACAAGAAGAGUUUAUCACUUAGGAUAUAGAAUUUUUUUUAGGGGUGGGGGGGAGGGGGAUCUGCCAGAAAAAUUUUAUCUGUCAACAAAGAGUCUUGAUUUGGUCCAAAAUAUAAAACUUAAAGCUAUUCUUGAACUUAAACUUACAUGGAAAGAUUAAAUGGGUAUUGUUUAAAGAAAUGAUAGAAAUAUAUUGCUGACAUGAUACGAUUAAGCUUAUUUUCUCCAAACUAACUCAUGAGGAUAUGGAUAAUAUCUUCAUGUUUCUGAAAAAGUAAUCUGUAUCCGGGGCUGGGAGGCAGGGGUAAUAAAUAUUAUUUCUAACCAA